AUGUCAACAGGAAAUCAGCAGAAGCAGCCGGGACAGCCGUUCAAAUUCACCGUCACCGAGUCCUGCGACCGCAUCAAGGAGGAGUUCCAGUUUCUACAAGCCCAGUACCAUAGCACCAUCAACACCAUCUACACCAUCUACACCAUCAACACACCCUACACCAUCAGCACCAUCAACACCAUCCACACCAUCAACACCAUCUACACCAUCAACACCAUCGACACCAUCAACACAGUCAACACCAUCUACACCAUCAACACCAUCAACACCAUCAGCACAGUCAACACCAUCAACACCAUCUACACCAUCAACACCAUCAACACCAUCAACACCAUCAACACCAUCUACACCAUCUACACCAGGGGUGCUCAAUACGUCGAUCGCGAUCUACCAGUCGAUCGCAAAGGUGGAGUAGUGGGCUCAGGGGCUCCGAUGCUCAGGUUCCUGGGUCAAGCUCGCCAUCGUUUGGCUUCAGGAUACAAGAAAAGACCUGGCCUGUGA